CCCUCGGGGCUCAGCUGGGAACUGCGGGGCGUGCGCGGUGUGCGGGACUCGGCCGGGCGCAUCGUGGCGGAGCGGGUCCCGGAGCCGCCCGCGCUCAGGAGCAGCAAUGUCAGUGCAGGUGGCAGCCCCUGGAAGCGUGGGGCUGGGCCCAGAGCGCCUGAGCCCCGAGGAGCUGGUGCAGCAGACCCGACACGUGGUGCAGGGGUUGGAGGCCCUGCGGGCCGAGCACCAUGGCCUGGCCAGGCACCUGGCUGAGGCCCUUGCGGGACAGGGCCUGGUGGCCGGCUUGGAGCUGCUGGAAGAAAAGCAGCAGGUGGUGAGCCACGCGCUGGAGGCCAUCGAGCUGGGACUGAGUGAGGCCCAGGUGCUGCUCGCCCUGUCGGCACACGUGGGCUCGCUGGAGGCCGAGAAGCAGCGGCUGCGAGCGCAGGCCCGGCGGCUGGCCCAGGAAAACUCAUGGCUGCGGGAGGAGCUGGAGGAGACGCAGCGGCGGCUCCGGGCCAGUGAGGCGGCCGUGGCCCAACUGGAGGAGGAGAAGAGCCACCUGGAGUUCCUGGGGCAGCUGCGGCAGUAUGACCCGCCUGCGGAGAGCCAGCGGCCUGAAUCCCCCCCUCGCCGAGACAGCCUGGCCUCCCUGUUCCCCAGUGAGGAGGAAGAAAGGAAAGGCCCCGAGGCAGUGGGGGCUGCCGCGGCUCAGCAGGGGGGCUACGAGAUCCCCGCCCGCCUUCGGACCCUGCACAACCUCGUGAUCCAGUACGCGGGCCAGGGCCGCUAUGAGGUCGCUGUACCGCUGUGCCGUCAGGCCCUGGAGGACCUGGAGCGGAGCUCAGGCCACUGCCACCCCGACGUGGCCACCAUGCUCAACAUCCUGGCGCUGGUAUACCGGGACCAGAACAAGUACAAGGAGGCCACAGACCUUCUUCACGAUGCCCUGCAGAUCCGGGAGCAGACGCUAGGCCCUGAGCACCCUGCAGUGGCCGCCACCCUCAACAACCUGGCGGUGCUCUAUGGGAAGCGGGGGCGGUACCGGGAGGCGGAGCCCCUGUGCCAGCGAGCCCUGGAGAUUCGGGAGAAGGUCCUGGGCAGCGACCACCCGGACGUGGCCAAGCAGCUCAACAACCUGGCCUUGCUCUGCCAGAACCAGGGAAAGUUCGAGGAGGUGGAGCAGCACUAUGCCCGAGCCCUGAGCAUUUAUGAGGCCCUGGGAGGGCCCAACGACCCAAACGUAGCCAAGACCAAGAACAACCUGGCCUCAGCCUACCUGAAACAGAACAAGUACCAGCAAGCAGAAGAGCUGUACCGAGAGAUCCUGAGCCGCGAGGACCUGCCUGCCCCUCUGGGAGCCCCCAACACAGGCACAGCUGGUGACGCAGAACAGACCCUUCGUCGGAGCAGCUCCUUCUCCAAGAUCCGGGAGUCGCUAAGGCGUGGAAGUGAGAAGCUGGUCUCCCGUCUCCGAGGCGAGGGGGUGGCAGGGGCAGCCGGGAUGAAGAGAGCCCUGUCGCUCAACAUGCUAGACGUGGAUGUUCCAAAGGCUGCUGGGCUCCAGUUCCCCAGUCAGCACCCGGGCGAGGUCUCGCGGACCCUCAGCACCAACACCCAGGACCUGGGCCCCCGCUGAAGGUGACAGGACUGCGUGGCUACAGCUUCUCAGGAAGAAUGGGGAAGGGGUGGCCUUUCAUCUCCCCAAGUUGCUCCCCACCUCUUGGGGGCACCCACAGUAUGGGGCUCCCUGUUCUUCUCCUCUGAUUAAAGGCUGUAGAUCUGGAAGCCAG